UUUUUAGUAAUCUCGUUUCGCUCGCUGCAGCUUCACUUACAAAUCCAGUUCGACCUUUUUGAACCCUCAACAGCAAAGAUGAAGUGGUUGGUGCUUUUCGCGUUUACCGUCGUAUUCCUCGUGAGCCUGACAGUGGCCGACGGCGAGAUUUGGGAGGAGGACGACCAUGAGGUCCUCAUCAGGAGCGAAAGAGGUGCCAAGAAUAGGGAGAAUUGCAGAUACACGAAAGGACAGUGGUCGGAAUGCGAUUCGUCGAACAACAUGCGCUCGAGGACAUUGACGCUGAAGAAAGGAGAACAGACAUGCGAGCCGGUCAAGACUAUGCAGAAGAAGUGCAAGAAAGCUUGUAGAUACGAGAAGGGAACUUGGGGUCCUUGCAAUGCCCAAAGCCAGAUGACGCGGAACGACAAGUUGAAGCCCAACUCUGAUUCUUCGUGCGAACAAAACAGGCAGGUCACGAAAAAGUGCAAAUCGAAGGGGGGAGCCAAACCGACGAAAGGUAAAGGUAAAAACAAAGCGGGACGUCGCAACAACCGCCAGUAAAGAGUCAACUUAACCAAAAAAAAACAACAACAAGAAUAUAGAACCGAUUCCUGUUAUCCCCAACUGUCUGGUAUUUCCAUCCCUUAACAUCUACAACCUCCCACCCCCUCUCAUCAUGAAUUAAACACACGGGACUCCAUUUUAUCGUCGUUUUCUUCCUGUGGGAUUCGGUUCACUGCCACCACGUAUUUACCAUUCCCCAGAUAUCGCACGUCAGAGUUUCAAAAAUAAAGAAAUCACAGUUAAUAUCCAAAAUAAUAAAUUUCACUCAAGCCAAUUCCCAGCCUCCUCCCUGUAUAUACCAGUUUUUUGUUCUCACUACUUUCUACACUAGGAUGGUAAAAUCAAAAAAAAGAAAAGAAAAGAUGAUUAAGAAUAAAAAUAAACAUAUGCUAUAACCACAAGUUUCUAAAAUAUGAAUGUUUAGGGCGCGUAUAAAGGAACCCGAUCUACUAAAAUAAACACUUCUCUAUCUCUCUAGUUUCGUGUCAAAUAACAUAUGUAGUGUGACCCUUGACCCAACCGCAUUUAAUAAGUGUAUACCACCGAGUGGUCCUCCUAGACCACUCGCAUUUAGUGUCUAAAAAGAAACCUUUGGUCUAUGCUCCAGUCCCCCAGUUCAUCCCCCUCCGAUUCCCAACUCACAUGAAGUGUAUAGAUGUUCUCGUUGUAGGGUGUACAAUAGUAUGGAAUAAUCAUCGAAGCAGAAUACUUACUAUUAUUAUAUUGAUGUAAUUGUUAGUUUUAAUGGUAAAAAAAAA